AUGAAGGAGGGGUUCAUCCGGAGCAUAACAAAUCCCAUCAAACAGGAACGACUGGCAGGGUUUUGGGAAGAACUCAUUCGUUGUGGGAAUUUGACCAAGCCUCAAUUAGGCCGUGCGUUGAGCUUAAUAGCUGCAACGACUUGCUCAGUUUUUCUGGCGAAGGUUCUACUUGAGGGCGGAGCGGAAGUGGAUUUCAGACCCGCUGCAAGGAAGAUGACAAGAGAAGCAGCCGAGAUGAUGAAAUUGCUGCUUCUUUGGGGUGCAGAUCCAAACGCAGAUGCUAGGACUUUUUGGUCCCACGCUCGAACGAAGCGAUCAGAUGAGAAAAAGGAUGGGCCAAGACGAACAGUUGAUAUGGAGAGAGGAACACAAAAGAUUGAAAAAUGGCUGGGCAUGCCAUGGGAGAAGUUGGUAGAAUGGGCUCAAGAGCAGCGAUCUCAGAAUAUCAAACAGAAAAGCACAUCUAAAAUCUAG